GUGGAGGGCAACAUGGACAGCUUCAUGGCGCAGGUCAAGAGCCUGGCGCAGUCCCUGUACCCCUGCUCGGCGCAGCAGCUCAACCAGGACCUGCGCCUGCACCUCCUGCUCAACACGUCAGUGACCUGCAACGACGGCAGCCCCGCGGGCUACUACCUGAAGGAGUCCAAGGGCAGCCGGCGGUGGCUGCUCUUCCUGGAAGGCGGCUGGUACUGCUUCAACCGCGAGAACUGCGACUCCCGGUACGACUCCAUGCGGCGCCUCAUGAGCUCCAAGGACUGGCCGCGAACGCGCACAGGCACAGGGAUCCUGUCUUCACAGCCAGAGGAGAACCCCCACUGGUGGAAUGCAAACAUGGUUUUCAUCCCCUACUGCUCCAGUGAUGUCUGGAGUGGGGCGUCCUCCAAGCCUGAGAAGAACGAGUAUGCCUUUAUGGGCGCCCUCAUCAUCCGGGAGGUGGUUCAAGAGCUCCUGGGCAAAGGGCUGAGUGGGGCCAGGGUGCUACUGCUGGCCGGGAGCAGCGCGGGUGGUACGGGCGUGCUGCUUAAUGUGGACCGUGUAGCUGAGCAGCUGGCGGAACUGGGCUACUCGGCCAUCCAGGUGCGGGGCCUGGCCGACUCUGGCUGGUUCCUGGACAACAAGCAGUACCGCCGGACGGACUGUGUGGACACAGUGACCUGUGCGCCCACCGAGGCCAUCCGUCGUGGCGUCAGGUACUGGAAGGGCGUGGUCCCAGAGCGCUGCCGGCGCCAGUUCAAGGAGGGAGAGGAGUGGAACUGCUUCUUUGGUUACAAAGUCUACCCGACCCUGCGCUGCCCGGUGUUCGUGGUGCAGUGGCUGUUUGAUGAGGCACAGCUCGCCGUGGACAACGUGCACCUCACGGGGCAGCCAGUGCAGGAGGGCCAGUGGCUCUACAUCCAGGACCUGGGCCGCCAGCUUCGGGAUACGCUCAAGGGCGUGGCGGCCAGCUUUGCCCCCGCCUGUCUGUCCCAUGAGAUCAUCACCCGAAGCCACUGGACAGACGUGCAGGUGAAGGGCACCUCACUGCCCCGUGCCCUGCAGUGCUGGGACAGAAGUCUCCAGGACAGCCACAGGGCCAGCCGGGCCCCCCUGAAGGGCUGCCCCAUCCACCUGGUGGACAGCUGCCCCUGGCCCCACUGCAACCCCUCGUGCCCCACCAUCCGGGACCAGUUCACGGGUCAGGAGAUGAAUGUGGCCCAGUUCCUCAUGCACGUGGGCUUUGACGUGCAGACCGUGGCCCAGCAGCAGGGCCUGGACCCCGGCACACUGCUGGGGAUGCUGAGCAAUGGGAGCUAGG